UUGCGCUUCGAUCCUCUACCUGUAUGAACCCCUAAACCCUAACACCAACAAUCAUUUUCCUAGUCUCUCCGAUAAUUUUUCCUCGAUCGAUACACGCUGCAGAAAAUGCCGAACCCUAGGGUUUUCUUCGACAUGGCAGUCGGCGAUGCGCCUGCCGGUCGGAUCGUGAUGGAGCUCUUCGCUGAUACAACGCCUGUUACGGCGGAGAAUUUCCGCGCCCUCUGCACCGGCGAGAAAGGCGUUGGGAGGAGCGGCAAGCCUCUGCACUACAAGGGAUCGACGUUUCACCGUGUGAUCCCCGGAUUCAUGUGCCAGGGAGGCGAUUUCACCGCCGGGAAUGGCACCGGCGGCGAGUCGAUAUACGGCGCUAAGUUCAAGGACGAGAACUUUAUCAGGAAGCACACCGGGCCUGGGGUCCUGUCCAUGGCGAACUCUGGUCCGAACACCAACGGAUCUCAGUUCUUCGUCUGCACGGAGCAGACGGCCUGGCUCGAUGGGAAGCACGUUGUGUUCGGACAAGUCGUUGAAGGUAUGGAUGUCGUGAAGGCUAUCGAGAAGGUCGGAUCCCAGUCCGGGAGGACUUCGAAGCGCGUUGUCAUCGCCGACUGCGGUCAGCUUUCCUAAAUCUGAUGAAAAAAGAAAACACCUUGAUCGUAUAACAAUGGCAGCUCUGGAGUAGGUUUCUUUUUUCUUCAUCUUAGUUAAUGGGUCUGUGGUGGGGUUUGAGUUUGGAUCUAGCUACCAUGAGUAAUAAAUAAGGUUUAGGUAUCAGAAAUCA